CCGUGAAACGAUAAAAGAGUUGCAGAGUUGUUUAUAAACCGGCGACGGGAAACAAUCCGAUGUCAUGUUAAAUAACGGCAAUCUUCAAACACGAUCAUCAAAAUCAGCACAACAUGAGUGCGCUUGGUGGUCCUCCUUUGAAAAGAAAAUGCUACAUGGGAAUGCACAAGAUCAAGAAGAAAAAGAUCGAUGAUCCAGCUCACAGUCACAAUGGCACAAUGGGUGUUGCAGUCGGAGAGUCCACGCUGGCUCUUGAUGCCGAGAUCCUGCAAGUGGACGACCCAGGAAAUAAUGCAUCUGACGCGCAGAAAAAGGCACGCGUUUCUGAAGACGAGGAACUUCUCAGCAUUCGGGAAAAUAACUGGGAAGAAAAUGGCAAGAAACUUACUAGGAGAGCAAAUUGCAAAGACCUCGCUCAUCGGCUUCUCUUCAGUGAGGACUUGGCGGAAUCACCGCCUGCAGGGUGUCAGAAGAGCAACAAUUUAGCAGCAGCUCCUGCAUGUCGCAAAAAAUAUACAAAACGUCACAGAGGGGCUGAAACAUCUACUUUAAGGCGGAAGCGUGUGUAUAACAGGAAAAAAAAGGGACAUGAGAAUACGAAUGCAGGUCCAUCUCCUAAUAUUUCUGGAGACCACAUCUUGUUCAGUCCCAAGCACAUGGCUGCUGCUGUGAAGAGGUCCAAACUGCAGCAAUCAUCACAGAAUCAGUCCAUCUCUGUGCUGACGAUUCCCAGCGGCUUAGAGCAGUGGACUUUCAGUGACACCUCACAUCAGUCGGGCUUGGCUUUGUGUGUUCCUGAGUCACAAUCGGACAAGCUGUUGUUAUCCAGUUGGGGUUUACCCACCCCAGUCUUGAAGUGUUACAACAAACACGGAGUAACCCGCAUGUUUGACUGGCAGGCUCAAUGCCUCAGCCUUGGUCAAGUUCUGCAGGGAGGUAACCUGGUCUACUCUGCUCCUACUAGCGCUGGAAAGACUAUGGUGUCGGAGUUGCUGAUGCUGAAGCGUGUGUUGGAGACGAAAAGAAAAGCUCUCUUGAUUUUGCCGUUUGUUUCUGUGGCCAAAGAGAAGAUGCACUACCUUCAGAGCGUAUUUCAAGAAGCUGGCGUGCGAGUGGAUGGCUUCAUGGGAAGCACAUCAGCUGCCGGUGGUUUUGCCGCUGUGGACGUGGCUGUAUGCACCAUAGAGAAGGCCAACUCUCUCAUCAACAGACUAAUAGAAGAAGGCAAUAUGGCUUUAUUAGGUAUGGUCGUGGUGGAUGAGUUGCACAUGGUUGGAGAUUCCGGAAGAGGAUAUCUACUUGAACUUCUCUUGACCAAAAUUCGCUACGUUGCGCAGAAGCUAAAUUCAGCUGGGUCGCUUUCUGAAGGGGUGCAGAUCGUAGGUAUGAGUGCCACCUUGCCCAAUUUAUCCCUCCUGGCCAACUGGUUAGGCGCAGAGCUUUACCAGACCGACUACAGACCGGUGCCCUUGCAGGAGCAUCUGAAAGUGGGCUGCAACAUCUACGACAAGAGCCUCACUGUGGUUCGAAAGUUCACUCCAGCACUCCCGACAAAGGGCGAUGAUGAGCACAUUAUCAGUUUGUGUUAUGAGACGGUGCGGGAGGGACAUUCCGUGUUGCUGUUCUGCCCCUCCAAGAACUGGUGUGAGAAACUGGCCGACAGUAUCGCCAGAGAGUUCUACAACCUCAAACAUACUGAACGUGACGGCGAUUCAGAGCUCCAAGCAGUGUGCUUGGAUCAGGAGGGUCUGGUGGAUGUCAUAGCCCAGUUGAGUCGGACUCCAGCAGGAUUGGAUCCGACUCUAAAGCGUUCUGUGCCGUGGGGAGUGGCCUUUCACCAUGCUGGUUUGACAUUUGACGAACGUGACGUGUUGGAGGGAGCUUUCCGUCAGGGCACGGUCAGGGUCUUGGCCGCCACCUCCACUCUCUCGUCAGGGGUCAACCUCCCUGCCCGCAGGGUCAUCAUUCGAACCCCGACCUUUAAUGGACACCUGCUGGAUCCGCUCACAUACAAACAGAUGGCUGGACGUGCAGGGAGGAAAGGAGUGGACACAACGGGUGAGAGUGUGCUGGUGUGUAAGGAGGUGGAACGUCAGAAAGGUAUUAGUCUCCUCAGAGGUCAUCUUCAGCCAAUCAAGAGCUGCUUGGUCAGAAGGGAGGGCGAAGGUGUCAACACCAGCAUGCUGCGAGCCAUUCUGGAGAUCAUCGUGGGAGGAGUAGCUCGCACGCCUCAGGAUGUGAGGUUGUAUGCUUCAUGUUCACUUCUGGCUGCCAGCAUGAAAUGCAACAGCAAAGAGGAGUGUGAGGAAGCGAGCAAUAAGGGGGCAAUUGAGGCCUGUGUCGAAUGGCUCAUGGAGAAUGAAUUUAUCAGCGUCCAAAAGGAAGGUGAAGAGGAGCAAUACUGUCCCACACAACUCGGCGCUGCCACUAUGUCGUCCUCCCUCUCUCCUACUGAGGCGCUGGGAAUAUUUGCAGAUCUACAGCGGGCUAUGAAGGGCUUUGUGCUGGAAAAUGACCUGCACGUUCUCUAUCUGAUCACUCCAUUGUAUGCGGAGUGGACUACAAUAGAUUGGUAUCAGUUCUUCUGUCUGUGGGAGCAGCUUUCCUCAUCGAUGAAGCGAGUGGCCGAGUUGGUGGGCAUCCAGGAAGGGUUCCUGGCUCGCUCUGUCGGCGGGAAACUUGUCGCCAAGACUGAAAAGCAGCGCAGACAAAUGGCAAUUCAUAAAAGGUUCUUCACCACACUCGUCCUGCAGGAUCUAGUGAACGAGGUACCUUUGGGAGCAGUGGCCUCAAAAUAUAGUUGCAAUCGCGGGCAGUUGCAGUCUCUUCAACAGUCUGCUGCCACAUAUGCAGGUAUGGUGACAAUGUUCUGCAGGCGUCUGGGCUGGGGCAACAUGGAGCUGCUGCUGUCUCAGUACCAGACCAGACUGAGCUUCGGCGUCCAGCGUGAGCUCGUGGACUUGGUAAGGGUUUCCCUUCUGACUGCGACAAGGGCACGAGCGUUCUAUGUACAAGGCUUGACCACUGUUGCCGAGCUAGCCAGGGCUUCGGUGGCGGAUGUGGAGAAAGCACUGAGGAACGCUGUCCCGUUUAAGAGCUCCAAGCGUGCAGUGGAUGAGAGCGAAGUGGAGGCUGUGGAGCGAAGGAACCUUCGUUGCGUGUGGGCGACCGGCGGGCGGGCUCUGACUGAGCAGGAAGCGGCCGUUGUCAUUGUGUCGGAGGCAAAGCGCCUUCUUCAGGGAGACUUGGCACAACUGGGCAUUCAGUGGGACCCAGCAACGCUUCCCCGUGCUUCGCCCGCUGUCCAAGAUCAGACUGAUGGUGUUCGAAACCAACAAGAGAAAGCUGAUGUUCAGCCAAAUAAGAUGGUGGAUGCUGAACCUAGACGAGAUCACGGGAAAUGCAAAUCUGACAUGAGUGGUAUCGAGACACAUCUAGAGAAGCAAAGCAAGAAAGACACGACGACGAUGGAAACAUCAGGCCAUGAGGUUCUUGCAUGCAGUGUGAAAGAAAAAAAAAAUAUACAGAGAAAGGAAUCCCAAGAUGGAGAAUCAGGAAAUGUAGAUAAUCUGGAAAAAAGAGAGUUGACAAGCCAGGAGGUGAAAUCAGUGCAGGAAGGAGUCACAAUUCAAGUUUCAGUCAGAAAGCAAAAACAUCAGCCAGUUAGAAAUAUAACACAAGAACUGGCUGAGAUUAUGUCCAGCCCGAUCCUUCAACUUCCAAAACUUCCUGAACCAGAUCUCCCUGUCAUGCCUUUUCCUCGCUUGAGAGCACCAAGUUCUAGGUUCGAAGAAGAUCCAAGCGUUCGCACAAAGACAUCAGACACUGAUGAUGCUUCUAGGCUUGGCGUAUCACCGAUGAAGCCAGGGAAACUGAAGCAUUCGAGGAUCUUAAACAAAGUCCUUCAAUCCAUACAAACUGACACAAAGCAACAAGACUCGACCGGGCUGACUUCACAUGCUGCUGACUUUGCACCCGACCCCGCUCAAGAAGCUCUCAGCAAACUUCCUCUGGAUAAACAAGUAGACACGUCAGACUCUUCUCGUCCUUCUUCAGCUCCAUUAUUCUCACCUGAGACCGAGCGUGGGAGAGUGGAGGCUGCGGAGGCGGCCAUGUGUUCAUCUCCAGAGCUCUAUGCCGGUGAGGAUCGAAAUGAAGAGACGUUUGGUGACAGUUUUGAAUUGGACACUCAGACUGAACGGAUAAUUGUCCAGCCAGAAUUAGAACACGCUGCUGGAAAUGAUGGACAUUUGAAUGACAGAGGUCGUAUUCAAACGGAGACAAUGGCAGCUAUUGUGGAGCAGCGUAACGAAGACGGAGGAAGUGCGGGACUUCAAGGCCUGAACGGCAAAUGCCCCCUUUUUAGUAGUUCUCUGACCGACAGCCAGAUGGAGCUCAUCCUUGACACCAGUCAUCAGAAUUCUGCUGACAAUAAUGUGCUUGACCGUAAUUCCGGUACUACUGCUGCUGUGGAGGAACCAAACAGAAGCAGCAGCUUCUUGUUCGACAGCCUGUAUGAGAACUCUCUACACCAAACGGACCAGGCUGGAUCAGCUGACAGGGAGCAGGUCAGCCAGGAAGUGAGAAGCAUCCACCCUCGAUUGUCCCCCCAGGAGAGACGUCACAACGAGCUCCUCGUCACCCAGGAGGCUGAGAAGCAUGAAGCGAUCCAGUGGGGUGAGUCUUUUUUCAAUCUGUCGGAGUGGGGCAACUCUUUACUAGCGGGUGAGCAUUUUCUGGAGAGGCAGCAGGCCGUUCAACUGGAAAGUGACGUUCAUCCUGAGGAGCACCUAUCAUCUGCGCAAGCUGAGCCGCAAACAAGGCUGAGUGAGGAAUGCGACAAGAAGGAACAGGCAGGUGAACUCAUCACUGUACCAUCAGAUGAUGUCAUUUCUAAACAAUCACCACAGAGAAACCUUUAUUGCAGUCCUGGUCUGCAGGAGAUCUUUGAUUGCUGGCCCAGUUUUUCUGAUCAACCUGUGGAAAAUUGUACUUUGGCCCACAUAGACAAUAAUAAGCAAAUUCCUCCUUCAAGCAAUGUAGAGACUCCUAAAAAGUCUCUUCAAGGGAGGAGAAAAUGCCCAAAGUCUUUCAAUACAAAGCGCCAAUCAGAUUCUGUUCAGCCUGAAGCACCAAGAGAGGCACCAGAGAGACCGGGUUCUGCUGGUGACUUGAUACCCCCCACUCAGGAGACACCACCUGUGACGCCCAGAAUAAAGCUAACCACUACAUCUAUACACUCACCUCUCUCCGUCCCACCGCUCAAGCAAUCGACACCCUUGGGCAUCCUGCCUGGGAAACCUGCAAAAUGUCAAAAGAGUGACAUACCAGGAGCUUUUUCUAAAUCCAAAAAUAUGACGCGGGAAUCACAGCAACACACUGAGGGAACAUCCGGGUCCCGACCCCAGUCUCCCGCAGACCCGAACCCACGUCUCUCUCCUGACGAAGCCUCGUCCGACUCCUACGAGGGCUUCUCUCUGCAGCUCUCCCAGGAUGACGCGCUCUCCCCCAGCAACUGUAACGUGUUCUCCAUCAUCGACGUUUCAAGUGACAAGCGCCUUUUUGAGACGUUUAUCAAGGAGUGGAAAACUAAAGAAUGCUUUUCUUUGGCUUUGGCCUGUGAAAAAGUUGCACACCAGCAGGAGCCCAAAGAGGAAAUAAAAGGGAAACGUAAGCGAGAACAAGAGAAGCUCCAUGAUGCUGAUGGUUUUCCUGUAAGAGGCAAUAAUGGACUGCUGCUAAUUGGACUGUCUGUCUGCUGGGGAGCGAGAGAUGCAUUCUAUAUAUCCUUUCAGCGAAACCAGAACAAAGGUUUGAGUUUAAGUCUCGCCCCACCGGAUCUGGAUGACAGUUUGCCAGUGGGUGAGAGGCUGGAGCAUGUGAAGGCUCUUCUCAGCCGACCUUCAGCUGGCGCCGUUGUUGCGUAUGACAUCAUACAGGUAUACAAGAAGCUGGUGUUGAGCUGCGGCAUCAGCUUGGAGGGAAACUGUGAAGACCCAAAGGUAGCAUGCUGGCUGAUAGACCCGAGCACUGACGAGAGGACUCUGGCCAAUAUGAUCACUGUGUACUGUCCAGAAGAGAUCCCUCUUUUGGACGGACUCGGGAAUGCACAUGCCUACUGUCCCCGCGUAAGGGCGGCCACCUCCAGUGUGCUCAUACACACCGUCAUGGACCAUCUCAGAACUCUUCUCCACAAAGACGGCAUGCUUGAAUCCUUUAGGAGCGUGGAGAUGCCUUCGCAGGUGUGUCUGGCUCUGCUGGAACUCAACGGAGUGGGCUUCAGUGUCGAGGAGUGUGAGAGACAAAAGCAUGUGAUGCAAGCUAAACUGGCAGCGCUGGAAUCACAAGCGUACGAUCUGGCGGGCCAUACCUUCUCCCUUACUUGUAUCGAUGACAUAGCGCAGAUUCUGUUCUUCGAGCUGCAUCUGCCUCCAAACGGUGACGUGACCCCGUCGAAGAACAAGAAAACCCUCGGACGCACCCGCAGAGGUGGAGGCAGAGUUCGACUCGGGAAGCAGUUCAGCACAACUAAGGAUGUUCUAGAGAAGCUUCGUCCUCUACAUCCGCUCCCAGGCGUGAUUCUGGAGUGGAGGAGGAUCACCAACGCUUUGACUAAAGUGGUGUUCCCGCUGCAGAGGGAGAAGCAGUACCACACUACACUGGCCAUGGAUAGAAUCUACCCCGUAGCUCAGACGCACACGGCUACAGGUCGAGUGAGCUUUAAAGAGCCUAAUAUACAGAAUGUUCCCAAAGACUUUGACAUUGACAUGCCCACUGUGGUGGGAGAGAGCCCGCCUUCACAAGAUGGGCUCUACAAGAGCAAAUAUGGAAGGAAGAGACGUUCUCUGGCUCCGUCAGUUCCCAGUGAUGCUGCCAAUCGAGGCCCGUCUUUUUCCGUCAGCAUGAGACACGCUUUUGUGCCUUUCUCAGGUGGGAUGAUAUUGGCCGUCGAUUAUUCCCAGCUGGAGUUGAGAGUGCUGGCUCACCUUUCCAAAGAUCAACGUCUGCUGCAGGUGUUGAAUGGGGGGGCCGACGUGUUUCGCUGUAUCGCUGCCGAAUGGAAAAGCGUCGACCCGGACGCUGUCAACGACAACCUCAGACAACAAGCCAAACAGAUUUGCUACGGCAUCAUUUACGGGAUGGGGGCCAAGUCUUUAGGAGAGCAGAUGGACGUGGAGGAGAACGAUGCCGCCUGCUAUAUCGAGAGUUUCAAGGCCAGAUACAAAGGGAUCAAUAGUUUCCUCAAAGAAACAGUGAAGAAGUGCAUCAAGGAUGGCUAUGUUCAGACUCUUAUGGGACGUCGCAGAUACCUUCCUGGAAUCACCAGCACAAAUCCUCAUGUCAAAGCACACGCGGAGCGUCAAGCAGUGAACACAACUGUCCAGGGCUCAGCAGCAGACAUUGUUAAACGCGCCACCAUCAACAUCCACAAGCGGCUGAGAAAAACAUACUCGAAAGCUCCACUCUCUCACCAGCACACACGCGCAGGUACAGACAGUCAUCCUCGGAGAGGCGCACACUUGAGAGGGGCGUACUUUGUCCUGCAGCUCCAUGAUGAACUGUUCUAUGAAACUGCAGAGGAGAAUCUCAUACAGGUUGCUCAGAUAGUAAAGAGAGAGAUGGAGUCAGCAGUAAAACUUUAUGUGAAGCUAAAAGCCAAAGUAAAGGCAGGACCAAGCUGGGGGAAUUUGCAGGACUUGGAUAUUUAAUGUGCUUUUCUGUGUGGCUAUUGUCUGUCAUAUUUAUGUUUUUAAUCACAGCGUAAAGAAUGAAAUGUCAAUUAACUGGGCGAACAUAUCAAUUUGAAUGCUGUCAAUUUGAGAUUUUUUUUAAACUGAAUUGACUAUUAACAUCUGUAUCCAUGACACUAAGCAAUGAAAUAAAAUAAUCAUGAUCACAUCUUUAUUGAA